AUAGUCAUGGAUGGUGGUGAUCUGUAUAAAGCAAGCACUCGUCUUAGAACAAACAGUUUGUCGAUUUGGAGCAACAAUGGCAUGGAAAUUUUCUCACUAUCUUCAAGAGAAGAAAAUGAGGAAGAAGCUCUGAAAUGGGCUUCCCUCGAUAAACUUCCCACUUUUAAUCGCUUGAAGAAAGGCUUACUAUUGGGUUCACAAGGUGCUGCAAGUGAAGUUGAUGUUCUCAACCUUGGACUUCAAGAAAGGAAGAAUUCAUUCGAGGGAUUAUUGAGAUUUGUGGAAGAAGAUAAUGAGAAGUUCUUGUUGAAGCUCAAGUACCGAAUUGAUAGAGUUGGGAUUAGUCUGCCCACAAUUGAAGUCAGAUUUGAGCAUCUAAAUGUUGAUGCCGAAGCUUAUUUAGGGAGCAGAGCUUUGCCAACUUUCAUUAACUUUGCUGUUCAUAUACUGGAGGGUUUAUUGAACCAUCUCCAUAUACUUCCAAGCAGAAAGAAGCAUAUGACUAUUCUUCAUGAUGUUAGUGGAAUCAUCAAGCCUUGCAGAAUGACAUUGCUUUUAGGUCCUCCAAGUUCUGGAAAGACCACACUGCUAUUAGCUUUAGCUGGAAAGCAUGAUCCUGAUCUUAAGCUUUCUGGGGGGGUGACUUACAAUGGCCAUGACAUGCAUGAGUUUGUACCCCAGAGAACUGCUGCCUACAUCAGUCAACAUGAUAUGCAUAUAGGGGAAAUGACUGUGAGAGAAACCUUGGCAUUCUCUGCGAGGUGCCAGGGGGUUGGAUCCCGUUAUGAAAUGUUAGCAGAGUUGUCAAGAAGAGAGAAAGCCGCGAAUAUUAAGCCUGAUCCUGAUAUUGAUAUCUACAUGAAGGCAAUAGCGACAGAAGGGCAGCAGGAAAGUGUCGUCAUUGAUUAUAUUCUGAAGGUUUUAGGACUAGAAGUCUGUGCAGAUACUAUGGUAGGGGAUGGACUGUUAAAGGGUAUCUCUGGAGGACAGAGGAAGCGUGUUACAAUGGGAGAGAUGUUGGUUGGACCAGCAAAGGUACUUUUCAUGGAUGAGAUUUCUACCGGUUUGGAUAGUUCAACAACAUUUCAGAUUGUGAAAUCGCUAAGACAAUACGUCCACAUUCUUAAAGGAACUGCUCUCAUUUCUCUCCUGCAACCAACACCCGAGACUUAUGAGCUAUUUGAUGACAUUAUUCUCCUAUCUGAAGGCCAAAUUGUGUAUCAGGGUCCUUGUGAACAUGUACUUGACUUUUUUGAAUUCAUGGGUUUCAAAUGCCCUGAGCGGAAAGGAGUGGCUGACUUCUUGCAAGAAGUGAUAUCGAAGAAAGAUCAGAAGCAGUAUUGGGCAUGUAAAGAUAAGCCUUACAGUUUUGUUACAGUUCACGAAUUUGCUGAGGCGUUCCAAUCAUUCCAUGUUGGACAGUCACUAGGAGACAAGCUUGCAACCCCUUUUGACAAGAGCAAGAGUCACCCUGCUGCUUUGUCAACCAGAAAGUAUGGUGUUAGCAAGGGAGAGCUCUUGAAAGUGUGCAUCUCUAGAGAACUCUUGCUGAUGAAGAGAAAUUCAUUUGUCAACAUCUUCAAGCUCACACAACUUACUGUAAUGGCAUUGAUUGAAAUGACACUCUUCCUAAGAACUGGGAUGCACCAAAAUUCAGAAGCUGAUGGAGUGAUAUAUACUGGUGCUUUGUUUUCUACUCUGAUUAUUAACAUGUUUAAUGGAUUUUCCGAGAUUUCCAUGACAGUUGGAAAGCUUCCUGUAUUUUACAAGCAAAGAGACCUUUUGUUUUAUCCCCCAUGGGCAUAUGCACUUCCCAGAUGGAUCCUCAAGAUCCCCAUCACAAUAUUAGAGGUUGCCAUUUGGGUAUCCCUUACGUAUUAUGUUAUUGGAUUCGAUCCAAAUGUUGGAAGAUUGUUUAGACAGUACUUGCUCCUCUUACUUUUCAACCAAAUGGCUUCUGCAUUGUUCCGAUUUAUUGGGGCAAUGGGCAGGAACAUGAUUAUUGCAAAUACAUUCGGAUCAUUUGUAUUGCUCACACUUUUUGCAUCGGGUGGCUUUGUCCUAUCACGAGAGGAUGUAAAGAAAUGUUGGAUUUGGGGUUACUGGAUGUCACCAUUGAUGUAUGGCCAGAAUGCAAUUGCAGUAAAUGAAUUCCUUGGGAAUAGUUGGAAACAUGUUCCCCUGAAUGCAACCGAGCCACUAGGAGUCACAGUUCUGAAGUCUCGGGGGUUCUUCCCUGAUGCAUACUGGUAUUGGCUGGGAGUAGGUGCUUUAUUUGGAUUUAUGUUGUUAUUCAACUUCUUUUUCAGUCUGGCUCUUGCUUAUCUAAACCCUUUUGGGAAGGCUCAAGCUGUUGUACCAGAAGAAAGACAUAGCAAUGCAAACAAUUACCAAACUUGCAAAGCCAUCCAGUUAUCAUCCCAAGGAAACAGCUCUCUUGAGAGAUGGGAUCAAAUUAGGAAGAGAAGUAUCUCAGCUGGAUCCUCAUCCAUGAGGAUGAAGGACAAUGUUGAGGCAAAUCAGAACAGGAAAAGAGGAAUGAUUCUUCCAUUUGAACCACAUUCUAUUACCUUUGAUGAAAUUAAAUACUCUAUUGACUUGCCUCAGGAAAUGAAAGAUCAGGGUGUCCUUGAAGAUAGAUUGGUGCUUCUGAAGGGUGUUAGUGGAGCUUUCAGGCCAGGGGUUCUUACAGCUCUAAUGGGUGUUAGUGGUGCCGGUAAAACAACUCUGAUGGAUGUGUUGGCUGGCAGGAAAACUGGUGGAUGUAUUGAGGGCAACAUUACUAUUUCUGGGUAUCCAAAGAAGCAAGAAACAUUUGCUCGAAUUUCUGGGUAUUGUGAGCAGAAUGAUAUACAUUCUCCUCAUGUUACUGUCUAUGAAUCCUUGCUCUACUCAGCUUGGCUGCGGUUACCUCCAGAAGUCAAUUCUGAAACCAGAGAGAUGUUCAUUGAGGAGGUCAUGGAACUCGUCAUGCUGACCCCAUUAAUGGAAGCACUAGUUGGGUUCCCAGGUGUGAAUGGUCUCUCAACCGAGCAGCGAAAGAGACUAACCAUUGCUGUUGAACUGGUGGCAAAUCCCUCCAUAAUUUUUAUGGAUGAGCCAACUUCAGGACUAGAUGCAAGAGCUGCCGCAAUUGUGAUGAGAACAGUUAGGAGCACUGUAGACACAGGAAGAACUGUUGUAUUUACCAUCCAUCAACCAAGCAUUGACAUAUUUGAAACUUUUGAUGAGCUUUUCCUAAUGAAGCGAGGAGGACAAGAGAUAUAUGUUGGGCCACUGGGUCGCCAUUCUUGCCAUCUAAUCAAUUACUUUGAGGGAAUUGAAGGAAUAAGUAAAAUUAAAGAUGGCUACAAUCCAGCAACUUGGAUGUUGGACGUUACUACUUCAGCGCAGGAAACAGCUUUGGGGGUUGAUUUCACUGAAGUUUAUAAGAAUUCAGAAUUAUAUAGGAGAAACAAAGCUUUAAUCAAAGAAUUGAGCACACCUCAUCCUGGUUCAAAGGACCUCUAUUUCCCUACUCAAUAUUCACAGUCAUUCUUCACCCAAUGUAUGGCUUGCCUGUGGAGGCAACAUUGGUCAUACUGGCGCAAUCCGGCAUAUACUGCAGUAAGAUUUCUUUUCACUGCCUUCAUGGCAUUGAUGUUUGGGACAAUGUUCUGGAGCCUUGGUUCCAAAAGGACAAGGCAACAAGAUAUUUUUAAUGCUAUGGGUUCUAUGUAUGCUGCUGUUCUCUUCUUAGGGUUCCAAAAUGCCUCAUUGGUGCAGCCAGUGGUGGCUGUUGAACGAACUGUCUUUUAUAGGGAAAAUGUUGCUAGAAUGUACUCAGCAUUGCCAUAUGCCUUUGGUCAGGUUGUUAUUGAGAUUCCAUAUAUUUUUGCACAAGCUGCAGUAUAUGGUGUUAUAGUUUAUGCAAUGAUCGGAUUUGAAUGGAACGUUACCAAAUUCUUUUGGUACUUGUUCUUCAUGUACUUCACAUUGUUAUAUUACACAUUCUUUGGCAUGAUGACUGUGGCUGUGACUCCAAACAAUCAUAUUGCUUCCAUUAUUGCUUCUGCAUUUUAUGCAAUAUGGAACCUAUUUUCAGGAUUUAUAGUCCCACGAACUAGGAUGCCGGUAUGGUGGAGAUGGUAUAACCGGGCUUGUCCCUUUGCUUGGACCUUGUAUGGACUGGUUUCAUCGCAGUUUGGGGAAGUUAAGGACAAGCUCGACACAGAUGAAACAGUAGAAGAUUUCUUGAGGCGGUACUUCAAUUUCAAACAUGAAUUAUUAGGUGUGGCAGCAACUGUUGUAGUUGGUUUUACAGUUCUUUUUGCAUUCAUCUUUGCCUUUUCCAUAAAGACAUUCAAUUUCCAAAAGCGAUAAGGUGUAAUUCCAGAUCAUCCACUGAUUGGUAUUUGAUUACAAAAAGGGCUUCUCUUUUGAAUUUUUCA